AUGGUGAUAACUUUCCAAAAAAAAGUCAAUCUCUCCCAAGACCGUGCAAACCAAAUUGUCCACAAAAAAGGCAUAGACGUCCGUGCAACUCCCUACAGCGCUCCUACGAUGCUAACACCAGGAGCCCCACUCCACUGCGCGCUUCAAGCUCUGCCGGGUGCAGGUCCCCAGUCGGAUUCCACAGAAAAGACUCGAAUUACCAAAUUGAAGGUAGAAACCAAAGUUCUGCUGAUAGACAAGGAAAUUUUCCCGUUCGAGAGUCGGCGCUGCGUAAGAGAAAUUUUGGAGGAGUCUAGUGACGACGAUAGGCGCAAACGAAUAGCCAAAGCAGCCCUAAAAGACCGGCGUCUAAUUAAGGUGGAACUGUCGACCGGUUGCAAAAUCGAGCUCGGAGGGCUCACUGGCGCUGAGAACUGCUUUAGGGGGUUGCCGCGCCGCCGCCUCAACAUAACUGGCCCCUCGUACGUCAAAAUUGUGCACGCCUUGACUAUGCUCGAAGAAUUCUUCCCUCGACUCAUGCGCGACAUCAUCUGCCCGUACCCCCUGCCCGCGGGGACAACAACCAAAUACGAGACCGUAAAUAGGAUGGCUAGCACAGCUUACUACCACAUUAACCACCAGAUCGGCGGCACUGGGUUGCGAGGCCAACUAAACGACCGACCAUUCUUGACAUGCAAACAACUGCGAGAGACCCUCCAAGGUGAUUGA